AUGGGAGGCAGGAACACUGCCGCUGAAGAAGCAGAUGACACCAGAACAGCAGGCGGAGGCUGCCAAAGAGGCAACACCGCCUCCGACAAAGCAGGAGACACAGAAGAAAUGGCCGGAGACGAGUGGGGCGGCAUAACCGUCGCCGACGAAACAGGGGACUGGGGAGGGGGCACGGAACCCUCAGAGCAAGCAGUUUUCUUUAAGACCACCACCAGGUCGCCACGUCCACUCUCAAUCUCACAAGGGGGAACCACUCCCCAUGGGGAACCGGAACCAUCCAACGCAGGCGACGCGCCCAAAGUGAGAGUCACCAGCCCCACACGGGCCCCCACCCCAACAGCAGGAGCAACACACGGGCACACACCAUCCACCGGACCCACACCAGCACCAGACGCACCAUCCUCGCAUUCCACAGAGGAACAGCUCCCAGAAGAAACAUCAACACUCGCCGCAUCCUCACUUUCCUCUGACCAUGAACGAGGCGGCAAAGCACCCGCAUCUGUAUUGGAAUGCUUGGGGAAGGCCGUUGAUCAUCGGAGCUGUCACCCCCUGCAGGAGGCCCCCGAGAGGAGCUGGCGGCAGGCCGCCCCACAACCGGGGGAACACGACCCCGCAGAAUGUCAGCCUCAACACCACGGGAGACGAGGCCGCCACCCACAGAGGAAACAGGAGAAGGAACAGGCUCGGCCGUGGGAGGAGGGACCAACACAGGUGAGGGAGCCUACAGGGACGUCAAAGGCGACAGAGGCGCAGAGUCGGAAACAGGUGAAGAAUCUGUUGGAAGCGACGAGACAGACUGUGGGGUCGGAGCGGCACACACCACCACCCUGUCGUGUACACUACCAUCCACACAUGCCGGGCCAACAGCCGAGGAACGCAGAACCACCACCGGGUCAGCAGGCGGCAGGAGAACUGCCCAACCCACUUCAUUACGAGGCGACAGGUCUUACGCCACCAACGGGGGAAAAUCCUCAUCCCGGAACAAAUUAA